CACUCAGAAAAUUGCAAAUGAAAUUUUAUCAAUACAACUAAACAUAAUUUUUACUGAUAGCGAUGAUUUGGAUGGGCGCUCCACUCGCAGACAUUGUUAUACAUAGAUAUGAAUAGGUAGAUACGACAAGUCCUUUUUAAGCUGCGAGCGUACGGCGACGUUAAGCGAGAAGGUUCACAGUCGUCAGCGCGAGCCUAUCCCGUUUAAUAUCUAUGGUUCCACUGCGUGAUAUCCUAAUAUCGCGAGAACAAUAUGCUACGUUCACGUAAACAUGUACUAGAGGAAAUUUCUUUUCAGCGCUUUUGUCAUCGUAUUUUUGUUACAGAUCGGACGUGUUUUUGAUAUGUUCUGUGUGUUCGAAUCCUCCGUUGUUGUAACCCACUCUGUCCUCUUUUUUGUCCAUCAGCUGUGUUUUUGUUGUUGGUGUUUUUUUCUCUUUUUAUAUGUGGUAAUACUUAUAUUUCCGCUAGCACUUGAAAGCAGCACGAGUCCGUUUUUGACACUUGGAGCCUGCUUCAAGCUAAACUCAGCAUGUCUGAGAAAGAGCUGGGGAAAAAGUGGGACCGAUGCCUGGCGGAUGGUGUCAUUAAGCUUGGCACGGGUCUCGGCUUGGGAAUUGUGUUUUCGGUUAUAUUCUUCAAACGGCACACUUGGCCCAUUACGCUGGGCUCGGGGAUGGGCCUUGGCAUGGCAUAUGCCAACUGUCAGAAUGACUUGAGGUUACAUUACCUGCUGCAUAAAAAGGUCCAGUAGUCUCAAGUCAUCAAAGGACUGUCUUGUCAUUAUUAUUAUUUUUGAAACAUCUUGAGUUUUUUGUUUUGUUUGGCUUCUGUGGGAGUCCCCAUUUGCACCGUCCUCCUAUUAGACACCCGUGUCGGCUUAUCGGAAGACCUCCCAGUGUGGCUCUGUAUUACAUAUGAUUGAUCGGGACGGUCUGUAUUUAUGUAAUAAAAUCAGUAUGAAAACAAGACAA